AUGGCACUAGGCAUCACCCAAUUCAUUAAUAUAGCUGGGAUCGUGAAAGAUUUGAAAAGUUUUAACUUCAGUGUAUAUGGUAGAUGGUUCGGAUACAUCAAUAUUAUCCUAUGUAUUGGAUUAGGUAUCUCCAAUUUAUUCCAUGUAAAUGCAGUAAUUGCAUUUGGUAUUGUAAGUAUAAUUCAAGGGUUAGUAAUUUUAUUCAUUGAAAUUCCAUUCCUAUUGAAAAUUUGUCCUCUGAGUGAAAGGUUUAUUGAAUUCAUUAAAAGAUUCGAAACAAAUGGGUAUAGAUGUGUCUUUUAUUUAGUAAUGGCCAUAAUUCAAUAUUGUUCUAUCGCUUUAAUGGCAACAAGUUUAAUUGUUGUGGCUGUCGGGUUGACCAUAUCUUCAAUUAGUUAUGCUAUAGCUUUCACAAAUCAUCAAGAAUUCCAAAAUACUCAAAUCUUGAAAAAUCCAACCGAUCCGGAUUUCCCAAGAGAAGCUGUAGUUAGAGAAAUGCUUUAG